GCCUCUCAAUCAGAAUUGCCUCUAUCUCAAGCGCCUGCAUACUUUUGUGGGUGCUUGAGACAACCGGCGCCUCUACUCCCUCGGGUGGCGGUUGUCUGCCCUCGCCACCACCACCACCCUAAGAAAACAGAGUCCCAUCUUCUCUACUGCUAUUCUUUGGCGGAUCCACAAACCGUUCUUCCAUAUCACGACCCUUUUUGAAGCCCAAUAUUCCGAAGAUGUUUUCUGUAUCCUGGACAAUAGGAAUCCCACCCUUUGAAGGUUUGUCAAUUCAGGAACCAUUUCCGGACCCCACUUCAAUUCCUCAACAGGGUACAGGAAUUGGGAGUUCUAAUUAUCCUUUUGAGUAUGGCGGUAUUCGGGAUAUGAAGAAUGAUCCCAACACCGGAAAUUCUCAAGCCGGACCUUCCGAUAUUCAUGUAGAAUCAAGCCAUGGAAAUCAAACUAAUUACUUUCACGCUGGAAGUUCAAAUUAUGAGGAUUCUAUACUUCUUUCUGAAUGGCCCCCAACACCGAUCCCCUUUGGUUGUAGUUGCUCCCAAGUCCUCCGAGAAAUAAUUCAUACAAAUGGCAACGAAUUUACAACCCUUGAAAUACAUGGCAGAUUGGGGAUGAUCUCUCAUGCUGUUCUCGAAGUUCAACUAAUUAUGGAGACGCUUUCUCCAGCUAUCACCAUCAAAUGUUUGAUCUUCUACGAAGACUUAUGUGUUGGAUUCUUUUGGGCUGAAAACCAGUACUGUGAAGAGUUCAACCCACCACCUUCCUCGAAUUCAGAGGAACUUCAAGGGAACAACAAAGCAGGCAAUGAUAAUGAGCAACUAAGGGUCCCUAAGACCAAUCUAUCCGAGCAGCGACAAAGGACUGGAAAAAUCACACUGAAGGAAAUAGGAAACUAUUUUCAUCUUCCUAUUGAAGAGGCAGCGAAGAAGAUGAGGUUAUGCCCUACCGUGGUGAAGAAGAUAUGCCGCAGAGAUGGUCUGGCUAGAUGGCCUCACAGAAAGAUUAAAAGCAUGGAGAGGCAAAUAUCAUAUUGGGCUGGACUUUUAAGUUCAAAUGAUCCGCAGGAAAGUGCUCGAGCACAGAAUGAGAUCCUUAGACUUCAACACGAAAUCGAGAAUAUUUGUCAAGGAGCAGUAGGUAGUAGAUGAUGGUGAUAAAGGGUGUUCCUAAGUGUUCUUUUUAUUAAUUAAGGGUUUUCCUAAGUGUUAUGUAUAUAUAUAUAUUUGGGUGUUGAUUUGUAAUGAUCUUGGAAACUAUAUUCUUAUAAUUGAUAAAAUCGUUUUCUUUUU